AACCACUUGACCUGAACCGCGAAAGAAACCGUCAAAAAUUAUUGCAACCCGUGAGCUCCAACCGUCUUCCUCACUUCUUCUUCUCUCGAUCUCUCUCCGCUCGCCGGCGGUUCUCGCCGCCAUCUUCUUGGCUGACUCUCUCUCUCUCUCUCUUCCCCGCCAUCCCCACAACCGCACUUAACCAUAACAAGAUCAAUAAAGAAGCUCCUGAAGAACCCACGCAUUCCAAAUCCCGAACAGAGAGAGAGAGAGUGACAGAGAGAUGAAAAGGGACCGCAUUAGCGGAAGUGCGAUUCUUGAAGUCCACCUGAUCUCGGCCCAGAACGUGAAGCCGCCUCCGGCCAACAUGCGCCGCACCGAGACUUACUCCCUCGUCUGGGUCGACCCCGCCACCAAGCUCCGUACCCGCCUCGACCGGGUCGGCUCUGAUAACCCCACCUGGAAUGACAAGUUCUUCUUCUGGGUCGGCCCGGACUUCCUCUCCAGCGACACCUCCAGCGUCACCGUCGAGAUCUACGCCGUCGGGUUCAUCCGCGACUACCUGGUCGGCUCCGUGCGGCUGCUCCUGAGCACCGUCCUCUCUUGGCCCGAUUUCGUGGGUAAUAGCAAACUCCCUUAUUUCACGGCCGUCAGCAUUCGCCGUCCUUCCGGCAAGAUACAUGGAGUUCUCAACAUCGGAAUAAUGCUGACCAACGGCUUCGACUUCACGGCCCUGAAAGGAGCGUCCGCGAUCGGCCACUGGUUGAUUCUUAUGGUGAAACUUGAACCGAGUUUGAAUACAACUUCGUGA